UGCCUGAGGGAAUUUAGUUCUAAAAUGGCUUCUGCAUUUGCAACUAUUGCUCUUCUUCUCUCCCUUAACCUUGUGUUUUUCACUACAGUGAGUUCAGAUCAUCAUGUUCCUAAUUAUCCACCAACACCACCAAAAACCCCAAAACACCCUCCCCCGUCAACCCCAACCUCAACCCUAACACAAUCUCUUCUAACCCCAAUCCCAACGCUAGAACAACCUCCUUCAACCACAACCCCAACACAAUCUCCUCUAACCCUAAUCCCAACGCCAGAACAACCUCCUUUGACCCUAACUUUGACUCCGACCUUGACCCCAAGCCCAAGCCCAAGCCCUUCUAAAGCCUCUUGCCCUGAGGACACCCUUAAGCUUGGGGUAUGUGGCAAUUUGUUGAAUGACUUGGUGCACCCUGUUUUGGAGACCCUACCAAAGACCCCUUGCUGUAAACUCAUUGUGGGUCUUGCUGAUGUUGAUGCUGUUGUGUGCCUUUGCACUGCCAUUAAAGCCAACAUUUUGGGCAUCAAUCUUAAUGUGCCAGUCUCCUUAAACUUGCUUUUGAAUUUAUGUGGUAAGUCUAUCCCAACAGACUUCCAAUGCUCCUAGGGGUGCCAUGACCUUCUCAUCUAGUGCUGCCCUUCUGAAGCUUUGUUGGAAUGAAAAAUAAAAAUAUAUUACCUUCGAAAUGUAAUAUAUUAUGCAUUUUGGCUUUACUUUGUAAUAUAUUAUGCAUGUUUCCUUCGAAAUGUAGCUGAGAUUUAGGGUGUUCUCUCUUAGGAAUGUUCAUACAUUUCCUUCAAAAUAAAAAUAAAAAUUAUGCAUGUUUCA